AUGACUGGGCCGGUGAAGGACCGCGAGGCCUUCCAGAGGCUAAGCUUCCUGUACCAGGCCGCCCACUGCGUCCUCGCGCAGGACCCUGAGAAUCAGGCUCUGGCGCGGUUUUACUGCCACACGGAGAGGACCAUCGCGAAGCGGCUGGUCCUGCGGCGAGGACCCGGUGGGUGUCGUGGCUGCUCCUCCUUCCUCAUCCCGGAUCUGACGUGCACCCAGCGCCAGAGACGCUGUAAAGGACAGCGCUGGACAGUACAGACGUGCCUAACAUGCCAGCGCAGCCAGCGAUUCCUCAAUGAUCCCAGACAUUUGCUAUGGGGAGACCGGCCUGAAGCCCAGCUGGGGAGCCAGGCAGAUCCCAAACCACCACAGCCUCUGCCAAGCACAACUCACCCCAUUCCAGCCCAUCUUCCUGAGGAGAAAGUGCAGCCUCAGAGUCCCAAUCAUCAAUGA